AUGAUACGAGCGAAGAUAACGUUACGUUUAGCACGAGCUUUUAGUGUCUCUCGCCAUCUGCAGACCGAGUAUGAUUACCUCGUUAUUGGUGCUGGUAGCGGAGGUAUGGCUAGUGCGCGUCGUGCCGCUAGUUAUUCUGGAACGCGAGUUGCUAUCGUGGAACAAGACCGACUAGGUGGUACUUGUGUCAACGUGGGUUGCGUUCCCAAGAAGCUCAUGUACAUCGCAGCCGAUAUGAAUCACAAACUUCAUCACGAUUUUCUUUAUUACGGAUUUGAGGAUGCAGCAACAGGGGGUCAUUUAAGUCAUCGGAUGCAUUUUAACUGGUCGAAGCUCAAGGCUCGUCGCGAUGCCUAUGUGUUGCGCCUUAAUGAAAUUUACGAAACGAAUCUUGCGAAUUCCAAGGUUGACUUGAUUCGAGGAUCUGCAAAAUUUAAUGAGAGAGGAAAUGUGGAGGUAGACGACAAAGAAGUACGCGCAAAGAAAAUAUUAAUCGCGGUAGGAGGUCGCCCAUUAAUUCCUGACAUCCCAGGUAAAGAGCUGUGCAUUGAUUCAGAUGGAUUUUUUGAGCUGGAGACGCUACCUACGAAAGUAGCAAUAGUGGGUGCCGGAUACAUUGCUGUAGAGCUAGCUGGCGUGCUCAAUGCACUAGGUUCAAAGACGUCUGUUUUCUGUCGUAAGGAGGGUGUGCUCCGCUCAUUUGAUAAUAUUCUGCGCACAACGUUGGAAGAAGCCAUGGCAAAUGACGGUGUCCACUUGCGACCUAAUAGUACCGUUGCUCGUGUCAAAGAAGCUGCUGAUGGCACGAAGACCUUGGUCCUGACGAACGGAUCAGAACAUCGAGGCUUUGACGUCGUCAUCUGCGCCACUGGCCGCGUACCUCUGACGUCAACUUUAAAUUUGGAAAAGGCAGGUAUCACUACGGAUGACAAUGGCUAUAUUCGAGUAAAUGAAUUUCAAGAAACCACAAAAAACAACGUGUAUGCAGUCGGUGACGUAUGUAACACCCCCGCUUUGACUCCUGUUGCCAUCGCUGCUGGUAGGAGGCUGUCAGACCGUUUGUUUGGCGGCAUGAAGGACGCUAAGCUAUCAUACGAGAACAUUCCCACUGUGAUAUUUAGUCAUCCGCCGAUCGGCACAAUUGGUCUUACUGAAGAGGGGGCCCGAAAAAAGUAUGGCGACAAUAACAUUAAGGUGUAUUCAAGCCGUUUCGUCAACAUGUACUACGGUUUGAUUAACGAGACAAUCGAAGCGACUGGCGUACCGAAGGAGAAACCUAAGACGGCCAUGAAACUUGUAUGUGCCGGCAACAAGGAGAAGGUCGUGGGUUUACAUAUGAUAGGCAUGGCUGCUGAUGAAAUUCUGCAAGGUUUUGGCGUGGCCGUGAAAAUGGGUGCCACUAAGGCUGACUUUGAUAAUUGUAUUGCAAUCCACCCAACUGCUGGAGAGGAGCUUGUGACACUUGCGCCUUGGGGGCUUAGUGGUCGCCAGUGA